UUGGACGCCAGCGGCACGACAAGCAUUUGCAAGCUACCUCCGACUUCAGGGGCGGGCUGUAAAGGGGUGCCAGACCGAGGCGGAUAUCAAGAUUGGGAAGGAUUGCAUGCCGGACAGCGUCGUCAUAUCGCAAGACAGUGACAUGCUUGUUUACGAAAGGAUCUCAACAGUGUGGCGACCGAUCUCCAGAGGGCAGAUUCUUGUAUACGACGUCUCAGGCAUUCUAGCGACACUAGGGGUCAAUAGGACUCUGCUCACAGUCUUGGGUGUGGUCUCUAAGAACGACUACAACGCCAACAUCCCUACGCUGGGUUGUGUCGGCAAUUUUAGCAUCAUCAAGGUCUUGGAUGGAGAGCAGCUUUGUCCCACCGUCUGGUCGUCCCCAAGGAUUUUAAGUAAUGAAAAGUUCGCUAUAUCGCUUAAAGUGUUCGUCAGUUGCACACGGACAUUUGCGCCAUCAGUCCAGACCUUCAUGGCUCCUGAGUACCACGAGCUUCGCUCAGACUUCAAUCGCAUCAAGGGACAGCACAUCAAGAAUCAAGCAACGUUGCGAGAUGCGCGCCAAGUAGGGUGAAGCGAGUUACCUGGGAUCACGGUUCAGCGCCACAAGCCCUAACAGACGUUUAAUUGCUACCGCUCGGUCGUUUCCCCUGCUCCGCAGGACAAAGAGGCAGAGACAGUCGAAGACAUGGAGAUGGCAGCAGCCCAGCCCAGCUUGUUUCAAAAAAAAAAGACCCUUCAACACCAGCGCACUCGAAAAAUAGAGCACGAGC